AUGCCAGCGAUAGGAAUCGACUUGGGGACAACAAACUCUUGCGUGGCAGCUUUUCGAAAUGGGAGGGUUGAAAUUAUCGCAAAUGAUCGAGGAAAUCGUGUUACUCCGUCCUAUAUAUCGUUUACGAGUAACGAAAGAUUAGUAGGUGAAGCAGCUAAAGAAGAAGAGACGACAAACUACGAGAAUACUCUCUGCCAAAUCAAGCGUUUGAUUGGUCGAACCUACGAUGACCCUGCGGUUCAAGCUGAUAUGAAAUUGUGGGGAUUCACUGUUAUUAAUGAGGACAACAAGCCUAAGAUACCGGUAAUUCAAUGCGACAAACGAAAUAUAUUUUGUCCGGAACAAAUAAGUGCGAUGGUCCUGGAAGAGAUGAAAAACACGGCUGAAGCAUUAUUGGGUGAAACCGUAACUGAUGCGGUCAUUACAGUCCCUGCAUAUUUCAAUGAUGCACAACGAAGAGCAACUCGUGAUGCUGGGGAAAUUGCAGGAUUCAAUGUUAUAGGCAUGAUCAAUGAGCCAACUGCUGCCGCUGUGGCAUAUGGUCUGGAUACUCAGGUAAUAUCAUUUGAGCGGAAUGUACUCAUAUUUGAUCUCGGAGGAGGUACUUUUGACGUAAACAUCGUGAAAAUUAAAGGUCGCAAAUUUGACGUGAAGGCUACGGGAGGUGACACUCAUUUGGGAGGUGAAGACUUUGAUAACAAACUCAUGAAGUAUUUUGUUUCUGAGUUCAAAGAAAAACACGGUGAAGAUAUUUCAGAAAACAAAAGAGCAUUGAAUCGUCUUCGAGUGGCGUGUGAGGGAGCAAAAAGAAAAUUGUCUUCGUCAAAACAGGCUAAGGUUCAACUCGAUGUUUUGCAAGGCGGAUACGAUUUUCGCAGCAAUAUUUCAAGAGCAAAAUUUGAAAAUCUGAACAGCAAUUUUUUCGAGAGAGUUCUUGAUACCGUGAAGAAUACUCUUUCCGAUUCUGGAGUAAAAAAAGAAAAUAUUGACGACGUUGUUCUUGUCGGAGGCUCCACGCGAAUUCCAAAAAUUCGAGAAAUAUUGGAAAAAUAUUUUGACAAUAUGGAGCUUAAAAGAAAUAUCAAUCCUGACGAAGCAGUUGCUUAUGGUGCAGCCGCAUAUGCGUUUGCACUUGGUUCUGACGAGGAUCCUGCUCUGAAGGAAUUCGCUCUUGAAGAUGUUAUUCCACUUUCUAUUGGCAUCGAAAAUCAGAACGGAACAAUGACUCUUGCUAUUCCGCGAAACACGAAGAUUCCAAUCAAAGUAUGGAAACACCGAGUCACCGUGGAAGAUAACCAAACAGCAGCGACAUUAAAGAUUUAUGAAGGUGAGCGCACUCUGGUCAAAGACAAUCAUUUUCUUGGAAAAUUCACUAUCUCAGGAAUUCCUCCCGCACCAAAGGGAAAGGGUAUAGUCAAAGCGUUUCUUGAAAUUAACGCAAGUGGAAUUCUUCAUGUCAAAGCGAUUGAGGAAAUCACUGGAAAUUCAAGUGAAAUAACGAUCGCAAGAGACAAAGGACGAUUGAGUGAGAGUGAGAUAAAACGAAUGGUGCAGGAAGCGGAGAAAUUUAGAAAAAAAGACCAAGAGCUAAAACAGCGAAUCGAGGCAAUGAAUGAUUGUGAAAAUUACGCGUAUAGCGUAAAAGAAGAAGUGGAAGAAAAACUGCUCACAAGAGAACAAAGAAAAUCUAUGAUGAACAAACUGGAUGAUAUUUUUCAAUGGUUGGAUAUGAACAGGAAAGAGCCUCCGGAAAUGUCUCAAGUGCAAGAGAAAAAAAAAGAAUUGGAGAGAUUAGUUGAAUAAGUUGAUAAUAGAGAUGUUAUUCAUAUUGUUGUUGAUUUUCUAACUAAUUCCUAUGAUUUUGCAUCUAUACAUACUGAAGAGUGUUAACAUGCCCGGUAGGCAUUCUGAAGUAAGAUAAUCAAUCGAACACAAAGUAGACAUAGAUAUUUUAAAUUAUUAUGGAAACAAAAAUCGAUUUCUUUUCAAGUACUUGAGCAAUAGCUUUUUCAGUUUUCAUACCCAAUUUUUAUAAAUUUAUAAGGUGAAUUUUAAGCAAGUUAGCUAUCAAACCUUCCGUCUAGUUUUAUUAAAUUGUUAAUAAAUUUCAAUUCAAUUUUAUUCUUUUGAACAUUGUAAAUAAAAAAUCCGUUGAAUGAAACAUA